AUGAUGCCAUUAAAUCCUAUUCUUAUUGUUGAAAUAUUUGAUGUUUGGGGCAUUGAUUUUAUGGGUCCAUUUCCUAAUUCUUUUGGUAAUUUAUACAUUCUUGUUGGUGUUGAUUAUGUGUCUAAAUGGGUAGAAGCUAUUGCAUGUCACACUAAUGACCAUAAAGUUGUGCUUAAGUUUUUGAAAGAAAAUAUUUUCUCACGAUUUGGUUCACCACGUGCCAUCAUUAGUGAUAAUGGUACACACUUUUGUAAUAGGCCUUUUGAACAUUUAAUGAAACAAUAUGGCAUUACACAUAAAGUCACUACACCUUAUCACCCACAAACUAGUGGUCAAGUUGAAAUAUCAAAUAGGGAGAUUAAGCACAUCUUAGAGAAAUCUGUCAACCCCACUAGGAAAGAUUGGUCCCUAAGACUCAUUGAUGCAUUAUGGGCAAUCGUACUGCAUACAAAACGCCCAUUGGAAUGUCUCCCUAUAGACUUGUUUAUGGGAAGGCAUGCCACUUACCCGUUGAGACAAAGAAUUAACAAGUUACCUCAUGUAAUAUACUAUGCUAGCAAAACUUUAAAUGAAGCUCAAUUGAAUUACACUACAACUGAAAAAGAAUUGCUUGCUGUUGUGUUUGCAUUAGAGAAGUUUAGGUCUUAUUUGUUAGGAUCUAAAAUAAUUGUCUAUUCUGAUCAUGCUGCAUUGAAAUAUCUCUUGUCAAAAAAAGAUGCUAAAUCUCGUUUAAUUCGUUGGAUCUUGCUUUUACAAGAAUUUGAUUUAGAGAUACGUGAUAAAAAAGGUUCUGAAAAUGUUGUAGCUGAUCAUUUGUCUAGAAUUGUUGUUGAAACUAAUCAUGAUUCCACCACUAUCAUUGAAACUUUUCCUGAUGAACAACUCAUGCAUGUAUCUUCUUUUCCUUGGUAUGCUGAUAUUGUCAAUUAUUUGGUCACUGGUGAAAUUCCUUCUCAUUGGUCUAAACAAGAUAAAUCUAAAUUUUAUCUUUGA